UCUCUGCCAGCGGCCGGGGAGGCAGGAGAUCCUGGAGCUAGGAUGCGAGCAUUGUGGGAACCGCUCUAGCUGAGUGAAGGAGGGCAGCUCAAAGAGGAAGGCCACACAGUUAAAAUGUCUGAUCUGGAAAAGGCCAUGAUUGCCAUCAUUGAAGCUUUUCACCAGUAUUCAGGAAAAGAGGGAGACAAACACAAGCUGAAGAAAUCUGAAUUAAAAGAGCUCAUUAACAAUGAACUCCCUCAUUUUUUAGGCGAAAUCAAGGAUCAGGAGACAGUGGACAAAGUGAUGGAGACGCUGGAUUGUGACGGUGAUGCAGAAUGUGACUUCCAGGAAUUUGUAGCUUUCAUUGCUAUGGUCACCUCAGCUUGUCAUGAAUUCUUUGAACAUGAGUGAAUCAUCAGAGAAGCAGCCAAUAACUUACUGUGUGCUAUGUAAAGAUAAAAGGGAGAAACAAUGUGAAUUCUAAUUCAAAGAGCCUGAGAGAGCUUAGGGGCUACUAGGAUUUAAAGUCUGCUAGGCCUAAGUAGCUUAUUAAGUUAAGUAUGCUUUAUGAAUGGAAACAUGUAUGUCUCUUUAAAGAUUGUUUGCUGAUGCCAGCCUAGCUCUCAUACAGUAUUUGUAUGCCUUGCCUAUAACUAGAAUGCAUAGCAUCCUCCUGCUAUAUGGCUAGAUAGGUGCACAGCUUCAGAGGCAACUAGUUAGAUCCUCCAAAGUGUCCACAUUUUAUUGUAAAAGCAAGAAAAAGGAGAUCAACUGGUAGGUGAUAUAAAGGAACUGGAGAACAUAAGUCUGAUCCAAAAUCCAUUGAACAGAAUGAAAAUACUCCAAUGGACUUCAAUUAGCUCUGCAUCAGGAACAAUGUAUAAUACUAAUAAAGUCAAGAUAGUAAGUACUACACUGAAUAGCUACACAACAUUUUUAUGAACACUUUUAUUUCUUAGGAGCUUAUUUACCCAUAGGAGCUUAUUUACCCAUACCAAUGUUUUAUAAAAUGCACACUAUACUAUGUAACAUGCUGGAUUUGAUAUCUUAUUCUUACAGCCUCCUUUUUAACUGCCUGUAGAAUUAGGAGCUAAAGCAAUUCCAGCUUAUAGACGUAUUGUAAUAAUGAGGUAGCUAGAAAAAUAAAGCCUAGGAAUGAAGAUACAUGUGGACAUCUUUUUCAGCAUAAAGGUAGGGGUAAAGGAAGGAUAUAUUCAAGUGAUGACAUUAUGUUCACAAAAAGGCAGACCCAACAUAUAGAAUACAUAUAUUAUAAACAAAACAAUGAAAAAGUCACUUACGUUAUUUAGACCACAAGACAUUUGGGCACCUGUAUGUGAGACGGACCUCUGCUCUGAUGCAUGCUAAUUAGUAUGCAUUGGAGCAGACUUGAUCAAUAGAGUCUGCUGCGAGACUGCUGGAGCAUGCUAAUUAGUGCACUCCAACAGUCUUCGCGUCACAGGUAUUCAGCAUCCCCACGUUUCAAAAUUGCAGCAGCAGCACUUUAACUAAAGCUCAAAUGCCGCGGGUGCUUUAAUUAGAGCAAGCUCUCAGAGCCGCUCUAAUUAAAGCACUCCCCUCUCCACCUCAGAGUACAUGUGUAGAUGCCCCUUGUGUCUUGAACUUAAUGGAAAAUGUGCCUUUCUGUCAAACAUUAUGUUUUUAUAUAUACCUUACUUAGUUACACCCAAUCAUCGAGAAGAAACCAUUUAUUAUUAUUAUUUUUUUUUUUUUAUGCUAUCUUUAUAGCUACCAUAAGGAAUUUCAUGUUAAUGAUGGGUCUUUUAUCCCUGACAGAGAUUUAAAGCUGUAAUAUCCUUUACCUGCUGUAACUCUUCUUACAAAAAUAUAUUCCAUUGAAUCUGUUUGGCCAGAAUAAGAUGAAAAUCUCUGUGGACUAUCAAAGAGUACUGAGUUUAAAUGAACUUUUACUAACUUCAUGUAGGAUAUAAGCAAAUUUAGCUCACAAAAACUGGCUACAAUUUACCCUUUUCCAUUGCUCAACAGUGAGUCAACAUUAUCCUCAAAUUUUGGACUAAUGAAUACUGAGCAGCAAAUUUAAAAAAUAAAAGUUGGCAGUGUCAGUUUGAGUUAGCUGGGUCUACGCUGUCUGGACUGUAUAGGGCCUUCAUUUUCAAUCUAGUGUAUGUAUAUGAUUUCUGGGAUAUGUUUAUAGAUAAUCCUAAAGUUUUGUGUAUAAAUAUAAAGAAUGAACACAGAGAUGGUCAUUUAUAAAUAAUUUUAAAUUUUAUAAUUUAAACACUUUCAUUUUCAUUUAAUUUCAUUUUACACAAUGUCUUAAGUUUUACAAAAAGGAAAGAUAACUCUUUCUAGAGCUCCUUCUUUCAACUGUGGAAAAAGAAUCAUCUAGUAACAUCUUUGUAAGAAAGGUACAACCCUGUGUUCAGAUUCAGAUUAAACAAACAGACUUACCAAAA